CGCCGCGCCGCCGCCAUGCCGUCAGCCUGCUCGGGCGUGCUCUCCUGGGCCAGGACGGCGACGAGGGGCGCUGCCCGGCGGCGGGCGCCCGACGUCGCCGUCGUUGGGGCAGACGACGACGCCCUGGCGGUGGUCGCCGUCCGCUACCUGGGCGAGCGCCCGUCGCCGCACCCGGGGCGGCCGCGCCUCCCGACGCCGCCCCACGCGUCGGAGACGUCCUCGGCGCCACCCGCCGCGCUGCAGCUACCCCUCGCCGCCGCCAGCCCCGACGCGCAGAGCACCACGUCGUUGGAGGGCGCGGAGGGGUCCAGCGAGUACUCCGGGUCCUUCCGCGAGGACGACAUCUACGCGGAGCUCCCGGACGACGUGGGCCCCCCGGCCCAGCCCAGCCACCGACCCUCCUCCGUCGUGAUCCUCAUCAAGGAGGUCGACUGCGGGGCCUCCUCGUGCAGCACGUCGGGGGAGUCGCCCCCGCGGCCGCCGCGCCGGGUGCGCUUCACGACGACGGCGUGCUGCUGGGCCGGCGUCGCGCCCUUCCGCGGCAGCCGCUGCGAGGUGCUCACCACGCUGCUGCUCUUCAUGUCGCUGGCCGUCAUCGUCGUGUGCUUCGCGUGCGCCGCCGACUCGGCGCAGCAGCAGCACCGCUUCCCUCCGCACCCGCCCGGGCCGCCGCCGGGGCCGCCGCCCGUCGACGAAGAUCCGAUGUUUCCCGUCGACGAAGGCCCGAUGUUUCCUCUGCUGCCACCCAGAAGAUGUCAUCCUCAUUGAGAAACACGUCGGAAUAUGCCUUAUUGCCCUAUUUUUACCUCGAAAAUUAUUAUUUUUUAAAAAUCUUUAGCUUGAGGCAAAUGUCGUCAAAAUAAGGUAAAAAUUUCCUUAUAUUAACUUUAUUAUCUUUGACAUCAACCGGAAAUGCUUUUUGGAAUAUUAUCCGGUGUGUACACGGAAUAUAGUCCACCCCUUGCUGCGCACCUCGUUACGUCUUCUUCUCCUGCUGGCCCGCCCUGCGAGCGACAGUGACGCCGCGUCUUCUUCUUGUUCGUCGCGUUUCUCCAGGUAACGAGUCAUUACCGCCCUAAACGCGCCAUGACGCGCAACUACAGCACAUUGCGUUUUCGUUGUCAUUUUUAUUUUGUCUGAAAAUCAUCGGGAAAACCUCUUUUUUUCUUCUUUUUUUUGGUGAGAAAAAAAACCUCGUCGACCAAACAAGUAAAGUACAACAAUCUUUUUUUGUCAUUUACCCAGCCACUGACGCCGUUUCAUAAAAUUACAAGAAGCGUCAAGAAGUCAUUUCGGGUGAACGUACAAAACUGCUUUUUGUUUCGACACUGCCACAGCGAGAGCAACAUCAUCAUCAUCAUCAUCAUCAUCAUGAGCUUCCC